UGCUGGUCCUGAUGCCUGACCAUGGGGAUGCGAGCCUCCCACCUGAAGACCGGGUGAGGGCUCUCUCCCAGCUGGGCAGCGCUGUGGAGGUGAGUGAGGACAUCCCGCCCCGCCGCUACUUCCGCUCUGGGAUGGAGAUGAUCCGAAUGGCAUCCAUUUACUCCGAGGAAGGCAACAUCGAGCAUGCCUUCAUCCUCUACAACAAAUAUAUCACGCUCUUUAUUGAGAAACUACCCAAACAUCGAGAUUACAAAUCCGCUGUCAUUCCUGAGAAGAAAGACACAGUAAAGAAAUUAAAGGAGAUCGCGUUCCCCAAAGCAGAAGAGUUGAAGGCAGAGUUAUUAAAGCGGUACACCAAAGAAUAUGCAGAAUAUAAUGAAGAAAAGAGGAGGGCAGCGGAGGAGUUUGCGCAGAGCAUGGCCGUCAAGCAGGAGCUGGAGAAGGAGAGGCAGAGGGUCGCGCAGCAGAAGCAGCAGCAGCUGGAGCAGGAGCAGUUCCACGCCUUCGAGGAGAUGAUCCGCAACCAGGAGCUCGAAAAAGAGCGCCUGAAGAUAGUACAGGAGUUUGGGAAGGUGGACCCGGGCCCCGGCGGUCCCCUGGUGCCUGACUUGGAGAGACCCUCCGUAGACGUGUUCCCCACCACACCUGCCUCAGCCACACAGCCUUCAGACUGUAACUCAAUCGUGAGGCCAGCUAAGCCACCGCUGGUGGACAGGUCCUUGAAGCCUGGGGCGCUGACCAGCUCGGAAAGUACUCCCACAAUUGACGGCCUGCGCCAUGUGAUGGUGCCCGCCCGACUCUGCCCGCAGUUCCUCCAGUUAGCCAGUGCCAACACCGCCCGGGGAGUGGAGACAUGUGGGAUCCUCUGUGGUAAACUGAUGCGGAACGAGUUUACCAUCACCCACGUUCUCAUCCCGAAGCAGAGCGCUGGGUCUGAUUACUGCAACACAGAGAAUGAAGAAGAGCUCUUCCUGAUCCAGGACCAGCAGGGCCUCAUCACGCUGGGCUGGAUUCACACUCACCCCACACAGACCGCCUUCCUGUCCAGCGUUGACCUGCACACUCACUGCUCCUAUCAGAUGAUGCUGCCUGAGUCCAUAGCCAUCGUCUGCUCCCCCAAGUUCCAGGAAACCGGCUUCUUUAAACUAACUGACCAUGGACUGGAGGAGAUUUCUUCCUGUCGCCAGAAAGGAUUCCAUCCCCACAGCAAGGAUCCGCCUCUGUUCUGUAGCUGCAGCCACGUGACGGUUGUGGACAGACCAGUGACCAUCACGGACCUGCGAUGAGCUUUUGAACCGGACAUCUCCCAGGAA